GAAAUGUGGGCAGGGCAAAUGUAGAAAUAGUUUGCUCUAGCAGCCAAGAGUGAAUCUCAGACAAACUCUUCCCAUGUAUCUGGUUUAAAUCUCCCAUAGGCAUCAGCCCUGAAUGGCUGGUCUCCAGUUGGCCUCACAUCCUGUGGGCGUUAUGCUCCCACAUAAUGCAACAGAAGCUCCAGGGCCCCACUCAACGAAGCAAGACUCUAACGAACAAGGUGACUCUUCCCAGCAGUCCCUGAAGGGGCACCUGAGUAACAGUUUCCAGAAGAAGCUUUUGAGCAACAAAGAGUUGACGCUGAAUAAAGUCUACCCUCACCCCAAAUGGAACACCCACACAAAAGCGCGGAGCUACUCCUAUCCCCACUGUACUGGAAUCAGCCAGCAAGAUCCAGGAAGUGAUUCCCAGGGCCAAGGAAAGUGUUCGUUUUACUCGUCAUGCCCUCAAUCCUGGUAUCCCAAAGCCAAUAACCAGGACUUUAUCCCCUUUACAAAGAAACGAGUUGGGGUGGACCGGGCGUACCCACUGAAACCUGUGGUCCAUCGGAAGUCGGGCAGUAUGAGUGAGGCUGGCACGGAUGGGGAUCAGAAUGUCUACCCAAGGCCCCCUGAGCUGAGAGAGUUUUCAUCCAGCAACCCUGGUGUGAGGGGCCAGGUCAACUUUUCUGUGCUUGGUACUGCUCCUGCUGUGGUGCAGGAGGAGAGGGCCGCGGUAAACUUCGAGAGGACUGAGCGCGUGCAGAUCCGAAGACUGGAAGCUGCAGGGGAGAACUUAGAGGAGGAAAUCCGGAGGAAGCAGAUUCUUCUGAGGGGAAAGCUGAAGAAGACAGAGGAGGAACUCAGAAGGAUCCAGAAGCAAAAGGAACAGGCCAAGGAAAAUGAAAACAGAGAGCUACAGAAAAUUAUACUACCCAGGAGAAGAGUUAAAGGUGAUAAUAGCAACGCCACGUACAAACCUAUCUUCUCCCCAGACUCUGAGUUUGAGGAAGAAUUCGGUAGAGACAGGAGACGGGAUGAAGCUUGGGGAUGGUCUCAACCAAAUUCGAGUCCAUUCCAGCUCUCUGAUUAUAGAAUCCAGAGGCUCAAAAGGGAAAGGCUGGUGGCAAGCAAUAACAAAAUUCGGGACCGAGUCUCAGAGCCGUCGGUGGAGAAGUUCUCUCCACCUUCAGAAACGCCAGGCGGUUCUUUGCAGGGAUCCGCCAGAAAUUCCAGCCUGUCCACGGCACCAGACCCCUCAGGUUCCCGCGGCUCCGUUGAAGAGCCACAACUGGGCGAGUGCAGCCACUGUGGGCGCAAGUUCCUCUUGCUCAGGCUGGAGAGACACUCCGCCGUCUGCAGCAGGAUGCGGGAGUCCAAGAGGAAAGUGUUUGACUCCUCCAGGGCCCGGGCUAAGGGCACAGAACUAGAGCAGUACUUGAACUGGAAGCGGCCAGCUUCAGCCAAGGCUGAACCUCCUCGGAAGAGCAACUGGAGACAGAAGCACGAAUAUUUUAUCCGUACCCUCCGCCAGGCUCGAGAGGUCCAGCAGCAGCCUGAAAUGAGCCUGAGAAGGCACAGCAAGAGACAGGAGGAAAGCCAAGAGAACACGCUAUCACAGAAGGCAAGUGAAGACAAAGCUUCAAGAAGGAGGGAGUGGUCAACUAUGUCAAAUGCUGCCAAGAGGUCAAGCUAGGUAAGGACUAAAAAGCAUCUGUUUUAUUUGAGCAAUUUAUGGGUCAUUUUGUCAAGACCGGUUUCAAUUGAGUGGCAGAGAUGGAAGCUGCAUUGUAGGUGAAAGAGGAGAGAGUGGGAGAUAAGGAAACAGACAGUAAACACAGACAAUUUGUUAAAGAAGGUGACGGGGAGAAUCUACAGGGCAACAAAGAAAUUCUACACAAAAUAUACCUAGCUAUCUUCAAUCACUGCUGUGGGUUUCAGGGGUUUCCUGACAUGGUAUAGUGGUUCCUUUGUUUACAGAGCUAUUUCACAGAUAACAGUUACUCUGAACCUCACAGUAAUAUAACAGAGUAAUUGAGUGACUUGUCUGAAAUCAUCCAGCUAAUGGAAAGCCCAGUCUCCUGAGUCUUUCAAUUUUCUCUCCCUCUCUGAUUCAUUCAUUCAAAAAACAUUUAUAAGUGACCUAAUAUGUACCAGGCCCUGGCCAUACAUCAGCGAACUAAACAGACAAAAUCUCUGCUCUCAUAAGAGCUUCCAUUCCAUUAACCUGUGUUGCCGCUUCCUUAGUAUGGGAUUCAACUAAUAAAAUGCUUAGACAUCCUGGGCCCAGUAAACAAUUAGGCUUAUAGCACCAUUCCAAAAUGCUUAGCUUUCACUUACCA